GUUUAAUUAGAGAGGAAGCAUCAUGCGGUGUCCUUUCCUUUUAUUCAUUUGUCCUUCUCAGGAAAAGGAAAAUCAAGUGAGAAAUUAAGCUGAUUCUCCGUCUUAUUUACAAACAGUUUAUGAUAGGGAAAGUGGUUGGUAAUGGAGAGUCGAUAGUAAUAGUGAUUGGAGAGGAAAAAUAAGCGAGAGAUGGAGAAGAAGGUUAGGGGGUUAAGACAUUUAAUGGUGACGGUAUUCCUGUCAGGAAUGGGAAACUUCAUAGUAAUUCCGGGCAUCACGGAUGUUACCAUGUUCGCACUUUGCCCUGCUACCGAUGAAUGCUCCCUCGCCAUUUACCUAUCUGCUUUCCAACAAGCUAUGAUAGGAGUAGGGACGGUAUUGAUGAUUCCACUUAUAGGAAAUCUAUCGGAUGAGUAUGGGAGAAAAGCACUACUCACAUUGCCUAUGACAUUAUCAAUUAUCCCCCUUGCUGUAUUGGCAUGCAGCAGAACAACCAAUUACUAUUACGCCUAUUAUGCAGUCAGGACUCUGACUGCCAUGGUCUCUGAAGGCAGCAUUAACUGCCUAUCUCUUUCUUAUUUGGCAGACAAUAUAUCAGAUAGCGAACGAGCAUCUGCAUUUGGAAUUCUGUCAGGAGUAAGCUCUGGUGCAUUUGUGUGCGCAACCUUAGCAGCUCGUUUCCUCUCCACUGCUUCAACAUUUCAGGUUGCUACAUUUGUAUCAACGCUUGCUCUAGUGUACAUGAGAAUAUUCCUUGAGGAAAGUAGACCUGAUCAAGUUGAUAGUAUGAUACAACCAAUGUUGAAAGAAGGGGAAGAUAUCAUUCAAAAGGAUGGAAAUGCACCUGGAAAGAUGCCAGUAUUCAAGAAAAUUCCAUCACUGGGGGAUGUUAUUUGCUUGCUAAAGAGCAGUCCAUCAUUUUCCCAAGCAGCAGUUGCAGCAUUCUUCGCUAGUCUUGCGGAGGGUGGGAUGAUAUCUUCUUCAAUGUACUAUUUAAAGGCUCGUUUCCACUUUAACAAGAAUCAGUUUGCUGAUCUGAUGCUAAUUGAUGGAAUUGCAUCAACCAUUUCUCAGCUGUUCCUCAUGCCCCGAUUGGUAUCUUCAAUAGGAGAUAGAAGGUUGCUUUCAGUAGGACUCUUAGUCACUUGUGUAAAUGCCAUUCUUUACAGCGUAGCCUGGUCAGCUUGGGUUCCAUAUGCAGCAACAACAUUGUCUAUUGUGAUGGUCUUUGCACCACCAUCUUUACGUAGUAUUGCAUCAAAACAAUUUGGCCCCGGAGAACAGGGGAAAGGUCAAGGAUGCAUCUCAGCCGUAAGUUCUUUGGCCAACAUCAUAGCUCCAUUAAUUUUUAGUCCUCUUACAGCAUUGUUCUUGUCUGAAGAGGCACCAUUUCAAUUUCCUGGGUUUAGUAUUAUGUGCAUCGCCAUCACAUUGAUGAUUGCCUUCAUCCAAAGUUUGAGGAUGGGGAGUCAUGUUUCAGCCGACACUGAUAAAAACAAUAGUAAUUGCAUCCAAGUUUAGUUAGGAUUAGGAGAGCUUGAUUCAACUACGUAUCAUCCAUGUAAUUUAUCGUAACUAAAAUUUAAUAUAAGAGGUACAACUUUGAUUUUGUGCAGUAUUAUACAUGAAAUUUUGAUUUGAUUCGAUUUGAUUUUCACAAA